AUGUCUACAUUAGAAGAUCUCGAUGAUCUCGAGAGAGAGCAAAAGGAAGAGAAGAAGGACGAUGGCGACAAGGACAAGAAGCCAACCCAAACUAAUGAUGCCGAUGCUGAAAUGAAAGAUGCUGAACCUGAAAAGGAAGAGGACCCUAUAGAUGAGGAGAUCUAUAGCUUAGGUACACAAGAUAUUCUUACAAGGAAACGACUUUUAGAGAAUGAUUCUCGAAUCAUGAAGAGCGAGUUCCAGCGUUUAUCACAUGAGAAGGCUGCAAUGGGCGAGAAGAUUAAGGACAACCUUGAAAAGAUUGAAAACAACAGUUUGGCCAGUCCACUGACAUUGUGCAGACAACUACCAUACCUUGUUGGAAACGUUGUUGAGUUACUCGAUCUCGACCCAACAGCUGAAUCUGCCGAAGAAGGCGCAAAUAUCGAUCUCGAUGCUACCAGAGUCGGAAAGUCUGCAGUUAUUAAAACCUCUACUCGACAAACCAUAUUCCUUCCAUUAAUUGGUCUGGUGGACCCAGAUGAGUUGAAGCCAGGUGAUUUGAUUGGUGUCAAUAAGGAUUCAUACCUCGUACUAGAUACAUUACCUGCGGAAUAUGAUAGCAGAGUCAAGGCAAUGGAAGUCGACGAGAAACCUACGGAAAAAUACACAGAUGUAGGAGGGUUGGACAAACAGAUUGAGGAAUUGGUCGAAGCAAUUGUAUGGCCAAUGAAGGAGGCUGAUCGUUUUAAGAAGAUUGGUAUCAAGGCGCCCAAAGGUGCUCUUAUGUAUGGUCCUCCUGGUACUGGAAAAACACUCCUCGCGAGAGCUUGCGCCGCGCAAACAGAUGCAACCUUCCUCAAACUUGCCGGUCCUCAACUCGUACAAAUGUUCAUUGGUGAUGGUGCAAAGUUAGUACGAGAUUGUUUUGCAUUAGCUAAGGAAAAGGCACCAGCAAUCAUUUUCAUCGACGAACUGGAUGCUGUUGGUACAAAACGUUUCGAUAGUGAGAAGAGCGGAGAUCGUGAAGUGCAAAGAACUAUGUUGGAGCUACUAAAUCAACUUGAUGGAUUUGCCUCGGAUGAUCGUAUUAAGGUACUGGCAGCAACCAACAGAGUUGAUGUUCUUGAUCCUGCUUUACUUCGUUCUGGUCGUCUUGAUAGAAAGAUUGAGUUCCCUCUACCAAACGAAGAAGCUCGUGCCCAAAUUUUGAAGAUUCACAGUCGUAAAAUGACUGUUGAUGAUGCUGUCAACUGGCCCGAAUUGGCACGAAGUACAGAUGAGUUUGGUGGGGCUCAGUUGAAGGCGGUGUGUGUGGAAGCUGGUAUGAUUGCACUUAGAAUGGGAAAGAACAAGAUCAGCCACGAACAUUAUGUCGAUGCCAUUGCGGAGGUCCAAGCUAAGAAGAAGGAUACUGUCAAUUUCUACGCAUAGUGUGACUCUUUGGCGGCGUUUGGCAUAGCUUGCACGGCAAGACUUGUAAUCAUAGACAAAUCAUGACAUUUUAA